UAAAUAUUUAAGGUUAUGAAUAAGAAGUUUUAAGUUUUGCAGUUGACAAUUAUGUUAAUUUUUUAAUGUAAAUCGACCAAUUAAGUUGAUUGGAGAGGGUGAGACUGGCCCUAAAGGUACCUUUUCAUGCUGAUGCUCAACGCUCAUUUUUAGCGUCAAAACAGAUCACAUGGGUAAAAUUAAUGAAUACGAACGUCAAUUUUGAUCACGCUAAAAAUGGGCGUCAAGUAUCAGCAUGAAAAGGUAUCUUAAGAAGUAUAAUUGUUUCUCUGUGAUAUUGAUUGAAUCUCUCUCGCUUAGCUUUCUCACUUUGCACUGCAAAAUCAGCGUAGAGAUCGUGUAUUUUCAAACAUCAGAUUACAUGAUUUAAUAAUUACAAAAUUAUUGCAAAAUUGAAAAGUGAAAAUUAUAAAGUAGAAACUAGAAACCGGAGAAGUGAAUUUUCUUAUUGGCUAUCAGAUUAUCAUACGUCGGAUGUCGGAAGUAAUGUACCAUCUUGCAUAAUGCCAGUUCUAUAGUAUAGUAAGUUGUCAGAAAUUGACUAAUCAUAGUCGAAUGUAAGGAAAAUAAUCGACUAUGAACAAUUUCUUACGGCUUACACUUGUAGGACCUAUCUAAAACCUUUUGUGUUUACGAAAUCGGUCCAAGUCCUCGGACCAAAAACUGUAUAACCAAUAAAAUUGCUGCUUUUCCGUAACGCUGCAAGUUGAUUGGCUCGAUUCAAGAACUUUGAUCGAUUUCUAGUAUCGUGGACGCAAAGCUUUAAUGUCCACAUUACUAAAAAUUGAGAUUAAGACUGGAUUGGAAUUAAAGUAAGUUUACUAAACUUGAAACUGAUUUUCUUUCUUCUGGUUGGUUAAAUUCCAAUCUAAUCUCAAUCUCAAUGUUUAAUCUGGCGCGAGUAUAAAGGCUGUUCUACAAUAAUAUGAACAUAAGUGUAGAGUUAGAUAGCAAUAGUAGUGUUAAGAAUCUACUAUAGAUUAAUCUGUUGUAUAUAACAGAGUGAGAAGAUACAUCGUAACUGAUUAAAAUACGGUAAUCAGCUUGAACUUUCGUCUUCUGAGCAUUGCGGAGCAGUACUCUUAUAUUGUUUAAUAUUGAUUUGCUUACUGCUUUUCUACGUGCCACUAGCCUAGCUCUCGUGAAUAAUCUGUUUCCAAUCGCUGAUCUUGCCGAUGACACUUGCGUCGAUGACGAUUGGUGCACACAAUAUUAUAAUUGAAAAGUCUACAGUACACUUUCUUACUGUUUGUAUUUGCACUUCCUUACCCCUUUUAAAUAUAUUUCAAUAUUUUCACGUGAAGAAAAAUCAAAUAGUAUAAAAUUAUUUCAAGAAGUGAAACUAUAACGAGUGUAACACUGUAUGAUGAUUGGUUUUCAAUCGUUGCUGCCAUUUCUGCUGCUGCUAACGCCGCCGCCGCCGCCGCCGUCGUCGCCGAAAACGGGUUGGAAACAGAUCUACUUAUUCUGCGCGCGCGCUUGGUCGCUCACUCGCUCACUCACUCAUUUAUUCAUUCAACUUGCUCACUCGAAGAAGGCGCCCUCGCUAUUAACACUGCCAAAAACAUCAGCCCUAACGCCUGAAGCGAGCGACUGAAGCGAGUGAGCGCCGCGCUGUGGCGUGCCGUAUCUGUGCGAGCGCCCCUUCCUCCUCUGCGUUGGUGCUUGCGGUUCGGUUCGGUGUGUGUCGAUUUUCUCGGUUCCAUUUCGUUUUCGUGGCCUGUUCUCGCUAUUUAGAUCUCACAUUUGUGUCCCGCUGUCGCGUCGCGCCUUCUGCCUGAAAUCGAAAAUUGAGGAGAGGUCGGAGUCCGGAUUCCGCGUCGGCUAGCCAGUGGACGCGCUUAUUGGCACUGCGCAGGUUAAGCCGGCGCAUUUCAAGGAGACGGUGUCUACUGAGCCGUGAUGCAUUGGAGAUUCGGCGAUUUUUGCCCGAUGACCAACCGGAAGUUAGUGUUGCAAAAGCAGUUCGUGUGACAAAGCCUAAAAAACAACGAGAGUGCUAAAACAUUAUUGGACUAGAAGAGACAUCUCCACUGCGAGUGUCUUAUCAAGAUAGAGUCUGUCGUCUUCUACUAUUGUCACAACAAAAGGAGGAGGAAAGCGGUUGUAAUUUUUCCUUGUAGUGACACUGAGAGCGCACAGUGAAAACAAUAAAAAUAGGGGGGGCGGUCUGCUGACCGAUGGACAAACGGAAGAUGAUGCCCAAACGCCCUCGUAUGGAGAAUUUGAGGGGUCCAAUCGCCAACGGACCGAUCCAAACGCGACCACUGGUUGCACUUCUUGAUGGUCGUGACUGUUCUAUUGAAAUGCCCAUUCUCAAAGACGUUGCAACUGUUGCCUUCUGCGAUGCACAGUCCACUUCAGAAAUACAUGAAAAGGUAUUAAAUGAAGCAGUGGGUGCAUUAAUGUGGCACACGAUAAUUUUGACGAAGGAGGAUUUGGAAAAGUUUAAAACGCUUCGAAUCAUUGUUCGAAUUGGUUCCGGUGUGGACAACAUUGACGUUAAAGCAGCUGGCGAACUUGGCAUUGCAGUAUGUAAUGUGCCUGGCUAUGGGGUCGAAGAAGUGGCUGACACUACUCUUUGCCUCAUCUUAAAUCUUUAUCGGCGUACUUAUUGGCUUGCCAAUAUGGUACGUGAAGGCAAGAAGUUCACAGGGCCAGAACAGGUGAGAGAAGCAGCGACUGGUUGCGCAAGGAUACGGGGCGACACACUUGGUAUUGUUGGCCUUGGUAGGAUUGGUUCUGCAGUUGCGCUGCGUGCCAAAGCUUUUGGCUUUACUGUCAUCUUCUAUGAUCCUUAUCUGCCGGAUGGUAUCGAGAAAUCACUAGGUCUUACCAGGGUUUACACAUUACAGGAUUUGCUGUUCCAAUCAGAUUGUGUUUCUCUGCAUUGUACCUUGAAUGAACACAAUCAUCAUUUAAUAAAUGAAUAUACUAUUAAACAGAUGAGACCAGGAGCAUUUUUAGUCAAUACAGCACGAGGCGGUUUGGUGGAUGACGACGCGCUGGCCGCGGCGCUCAAACAGGGUAGAAUUCGCGCGGCAGCGCUAGACGUCCAUGAAAAUGAGCCAUACAACGUCUUUCAGGGUCAGUCUGCGAAUCAGUGUCCAUUGAAAGAUGCACCCAAUCUUUUGUGCACUCCACACGCCGCCUUCUACAGCGACGCGAGCUGCACCGAAUUACGUGAGAUGGCAGCGAGUGAGAUACGACGGGCGAUUGUCGGACGCAUACCCGACUGCCUACGCAACUGCGUGAACAAGGAAUACUUCCUUUCCUCUACCGGAAACGGCUUUUCGAGCAGAUGUUAACUUCUCUUCUCUUCCGAGUGAAAGUCCGAAAGCGAUUGUGAAAAUCGAGCGUGACAAAAUCUAUUGAUGCGUGUGUGUAUAGAGUGUAAAGACUAAGCGCUUAGACGAGACUUACAUAGAAAACGAACGAAAGAAAGAGAGACAAAGAAAAAGAUUCCGUUCUUGAGAAUCUUGAUGACCUGUGUGUGUGUUUUCACGUUCCUGUUUCUUGUUGGCGAGGAACGAUUGCUACUCUACCUAGAGCACACCUAGAACGCCACCUAGAGCGUAACGAAAUCACACACAGAGUCACAGAAAAAGAAAAUUGGAAGCUACUCUACACACUACAAUAAAAGCUACUCUACUACAUAAGUACUGAAAAAAGUGGCGCGCGAAAUUUUCGAGGUUUCGCCCAUGAUGUUGUUUUUCGCUUUCUCUUUUCUUCAGCAGUUAUCCCGAGGGC